CGUCUUCUUUUACUCUCUCGUCUCCGUUUACCAAACCAAACGCCGCAAUCUUUACACUAAAACCCUUCAGUCUGCCAUUGUAAGCUUCCAUUGCUCCCAGAUAUGGAGGAAACAGAACGUUGAAGAUCGCUUAUGGUUCGCUCUCCAUCUCAAACGCAGGGUUGCGAACCGGUCCCGAUGAUCUCGUCGCUUCCAUCAUCUCCAAGGUGACACAAACAGAUGGAGGAGUUUCAUAAACAAAAGAAGAACACAAAGAGGUAGCCGAAGUAACUCAGGAACUACAGAAGUAUUGUGUUGAUGAACCAGUUAAAAACCCUCUUAUCUUUGGAGAAUGGGAUGUGGUUUACUGCUCGAGGCCUACGUCGCCUGGUGGUGGCUACAGGAGUGCACUCGGUCGCCUUGUGUUUCGAACGAAGGAAACGGUUCAGGUGGUUGAAUCUCCUGACAUUGUAAGGAACGAGGUCUCCUUUUCUGCUUUGGGGUUUCUUGAUGGAGAGGUUUCAUUAAAAGGAAAACUGAAGGUGUUGGAUGAUAAAUGGAUUCAAGUGAUGUUUAGGGCGCCUGAACUUAAGGUAGGAUCACUGGAAUUACGAUGUGGUGGUGCAAGUGAGGUCAAGCUGCAGAUUACAUACAUAGACGAGAAGAUCAGGCUGGGGAAGGGUUCUGGAGGUUCUUUUACAUACAUAAAUAUAAAUUUGUGAUUAUGCAAAUAUAUCAUUAUACAGAAUCAACACUUUUGUCCUAUGUGAAGGCAUGCUUCUUCUAAAAUCCUUUCUAGCAGAGAUUAUGUGGAGAAAAGGGAUAAAUAAGGAUGCAAACUUUAG